CCGCCCCCUCCCCCCCAACCCCGUCAGCGAAAAUGUGGAGGGCUUGGAAGCGCGUGCUGCGGGACUUCCCGGUACAGAAGUGAAGAGAAACAACCCCGGACCCUGACGCCACCAAGGAGUUACCCUCGGCGGGUGCAUACAGGGCCUGGUGACAGACGCAGAGGGACUCUAACCACCAACUCAGUUUAAGAGCAAGCCAAGAAUGUUUUCUAUCUCCCAGCCUUUUGGAAAUUUCAGUGGUCAGAUGCCAGGAAUGCAGAUGCAGAUGGGACAGCCAGUUCCAGGAACAGGGCCAGACCUGCUCCCUGGUGGAUACCCAGCAUAUUCUGACAGUUAUUCCUCAGCGGGAGACCCCAUGUGGACAUACUUCACUGCUGUUGCUGGACAGGAUGGUGAAGUGGAUGCUGAGGAACUUCAGAAAUGUUUGACACAGUCUGGAAUUAAUGGAGCUUAUUCUCCCUUCAGCUUGGAAACCUGCAGAAUUAUGAUCGCCAUGUUGGAUAGAGAUUACACAGGAAAAAUGGGAUUUAAUGAAUUCAAGGAACUCUGGGCAGCUCUUAAUGCUUGGAAGCAAAACUUCAUAACUAUUGAUCAAGACCAGAGUGGCACAGUGGAACAUCAUGAAUUGAAUCAAGCCAUUGCUGCUAUGGGUUAUAGGUUGAGUCCUCAAACACUAACUGCUAUUGUCAAACGGUACAGCAAGAAUGGCCGAAUCUUCUUUGAUGAUUAUGUUGCUUGCUGUGUGAAGCUUCGAGCAUUGACAGAUUUCUUUAGGAGAAGAGACCACUUACAACAAGGAGUUGUGAAUUUCAUAUAUGAUGAUUUUUUGCAGGGUACUAUGGCAAUUUGAAUGUCUAGAAUUCGAAAGCUGAAGAAAUACUGUGAAUUGUUUUACCUGGAAGAAAUGAACUGGACUACUUUGAAUUUGAAGCUUUGAGGCUUUUCUGUGUUUCUACCUAUUAAAUUUGUUCCCUUUCUAUGUGUUUUUACUUUAGUGUACAGUUCAAAGCAAUAAAAGAAAUGUUUUUGUAUUUGGAAUAUUAAUUGCUUUUAGAAAAGUUAUCACUUAACAGAUAUAUGCAUAAUAUUGUAAAAUAUUGGUAUAUGAUGAAUUGAUAUAAAUACCUUUUAACCUUAAUUUUUAACACAGUUAACCCAGAAGAAUGUACUUACAAGAGAGUAUAUAAGAAGCCAAAUAAUUAAAGUUUAGAUAAAGUUAACAUAUACUUACCGGAAGGUUACAAAUUAUACUUUGAAAUUUUGUUCGUAGUCAUUUGUUGUGUAGGUGAAUAGAAGGAGAAGCCUGGAUUUUGUGCCAUUUUUGUAGAAGAGUUUAUUCCUUGAUCACAUAACUCAAGAACAGAAACUCACUAGUCUUUGUCUAUGAAGAGAGAAAGUUCCUAAAAUUUUAUGUUACAUCACUUUAAGUGCACUAUAAAUUAACCUAUAGAAAUAAGGCUGCAGGAGGCAUUUUUUUUCUUUGUUUUUAUCAGUGCAUUUUUUUUUUCCAGUAUGCUUCUUUGUCUUCUGUGGAAAAAAAUUCUUAAUAAACAUACCUUUUAUGACUGCA